UUGAGCUCAGCACUGUGAGAGUGUCUCCAGACAGAAUGCAGGCUUGUGAACUCGCCUUACUGAUGUGGCUGACCACACUGACCGGCUCUGGACAGUCACAGGAUGAACAGGUGACCCUACAGACUGAACCCCAGCCUCUGUUUGAGGGAGAGACUCUGACUCUGAGGUGUCUCAUCCGUGAUGGGUCUACAGUGAAGUGGGUUUACUUUUACAAAGAUAAUAUAGAGUUAAAAUACCAGAGCACCACGGAGCUGAGAGAGGAACGUGUUUCAAAGAAGCAAGACGGGAUCUACAAGUGCAGUGCGAGAUGGUGGAGUAAAACCAUUUACUCUGCAGAGGUGCGGGUGUCAGUGACAGAGCUGCCACAGCCUGCCCUGACCCGGGAGCCUUCAGGAGAGAUAUUUGAAGGAGACGCAGUCACCCUGAGCUGUGUGGUGGAGGAGGGUUCUGGUGGCUGGAGAUAUCUCUGGUACAAAGACAGUGAGUCCAGUCCUCCAGUGUACCAGACUGACAGAAGCAGUGGAACUGGAGCGGGAUACACAAUCAGUGCUGCUGCUCUGUCCCACAGUGGAGAGUACUGGUGUCGAGCUGAAAGAAGCAGGACAUCAUUGAACUCACAAUACAGCAAAGCCCUCAGGAUACAGGUACAUGAGCUGCCACAGCCUGCCCUGACCCAGGAGCCUUCAGGAGAGAUAUUUGAAGGAGACUCAGUCACCCUGAGCUGUGGGGUUCAGGAGGGUUCUCGUGGCUGGAGAUAUCUCUGGUACAAAGACAGUCAGUCCAGUCCUCCAGUGUACCAGACUGACAGCAGCAGUGGAACUGGAGCUGGAUACACAAUCAGUGCUGCUGCUCUGUCCCACAGCGGAGAGUACUGGUGUAAAUCUGGAAAAGAGAGGACAUCAUUGUACUCACAAUACAGCCAUCCCAUCUGGGUAAAUGUAACUGCUCUGUUCUCCAGGGUGACUCUGACAGCAUCUCCAGGAGCCACAGUGAAGGAGGGAGAGGCUCUUAACCUGACCUGUGAGGCAGUAGUGAACAAAACCCCCCGCCCUCAACUCCACUACACCAUUGUGAGAGACGGGGAGCCUGUGACUAACAGCACUGACUCUGCACUGUACAGCAUAGCCAGCACUGAGAAGAACCACACUGGGAGCUACACGUGUGCUGUGGAGUCACAGGGAGUGAAGAAGAGCAGCCAGGAGCUACACAUUGAAGUGCAAACAUCAUGGCACAGAACGGUUGCUGUUGGCUUCAGCGUCGGCUUCUUUGUGAUUCUUGUCACUGUGUUCACUCUGCUGCUCCUCUAUCACAAGAUGAAAGGUCUCCCGUGUAUCCCGGGUGGUAAGUGGAGGAACCACUCAGAUCAGGACCAGGACCACCCAGCAGGGAGAGUAGAGCUCUCCAAACGAGCACAGCAACCCGAAUCUGAAGAAAUCGUUUACUGCGAUGUUGACACAAGCAAACAUAACCCUAAAAAGAAAGUUAAACCUGCAGAGACUGAUACUGUGUACUCAGCUGUGAAUAUCACUGCAGCCCAACCUGCAGCAGCCAAUGCAGAGGCCAUGUAUGCCACAGUCCUCCCAAAGAAGAAAAAGAAGUAAAUGAAAGGGGUCCCCAGGAGUGAGAACCAGCCAGAAUCCAGAGACCCUGAGAAGGGGAGCAUGUCAGACUUAAGCAGACAGACCCAUUCUUUCAUACACUGGGGAGGCCUGGGAUUCAGCUCCACUCCUGCCCCUGAAUUGGAAUUGAAUCUCACUCAUCAUGCUGUGAGGAUUUCGGACAGAGUUACAAGUCUUUCUACUUAGAAGAGACACAUUGGAAAUAUAUGCCAAGAAACCUGUUGUAUUGCUUGUAUUGAUAUUUUUCCAUGAAUGUAUUAAGACUUUGAAACUCUUUGUAUUGUGUUCCAAUUUAGACUCUUAGUUUCAGUUUGUAUAUCAAAAAAAUAAUUAGCCACUGCCAUUAAAAUAACAUAUGUAAAGCUUAAUAUGCAAUUGAAUUUGAAAGCUUGACAUGCAAUUGCAUUGUAUUCAAGUGUGAAGUGUAUACCAUGCUAUUAAAAGAUAAGAUCAGAAGCAUUUGAACUAGAAAUGAAGGGGGGAUAAAAUCAACAAAAAACAGAAGGGAAACUACAUCAAAACAAGGGCAACAACUCGGGUAACGCAGCCACUAAAUGUAUUUAACUAAAUGCUAGAAGUCUCACAAACAAAAUGUUAGAACUUGAAGCUACUGCACAAACAAGUAACUACGAUGUGAUAGGUGUUACAGAAACGUGGUUAUCCGAGGGUGAUGGAGACGAAUAUAAUAUUAGUGGGUAUACACUGUAUAGGAAAGACAGGCAGGACAGAAGAGGCGGAGGGGUAGCGCUAUACAUAAGAAAUAGUCUAGAAGCCCAGGUGUUAAAUCUGGAAGAAAAAAAUGCAGACCAGAUCAGAAUAAUGGACAAAAAUUCAAAGGGCAUAAAAAUAGGGGCAUGCUAUAGACUGUCAAAUUCAGACACUGAGCAAAAUAAUCUGUUCUACAAUGACAUUAGAAAUGCAUGUAGAAAAGGAGAAGCCAUACUAAUGGGGGAUUUCAACCUCCCCCAUAUCAAAUGGGAAAACCCGGUGAAAUGG